GUGUCUAGACUUUGUGUGUCUCCUCGUGUCUUGAACAAACCGAAAAAUUACUUGUAAAGUUGUGUUCAUUGUGAUAACUUUAGAGUAAUGUGUUGACCAUAAUAUCAAAUGACUUAAAAAAUUAAAUUAUUAAUUAUUAUUAAAUAUAAUUAAUUAAAUCACUCAUCCUCCUACCCUUUACCAUGCAAGUACUUAAAAGUUGUCUAAAUUUUACAAAAAGUAAAUAGGUCACUUAUUACGUUUACCACUCGACAAUAGCCCGAUAUUACAAAUAUCCACAGCCAAUUUCCUUGCGACAGUUGGCUUAAUAUCUAUUCUGUCAAUACGGGACGGCAAUUUAUUAUUGCAAUAAUGAUUACCACUUGAACAAAUCCUACAUAAUAACGUGGAGAAGGUAAUAUCGUCAAAAAGAUGUUUCGCAGUCGCAGCUGGUUCGGAGGAGGAUUUUGGAAACCAAAAAAUCUUCAUUCAUUAGAACAUCUUAAGUACCUGUACAACGUUCUGUCAAAAAAUCAGACUGUUUCGGAGAACAACAGAGGUUUGUUGGUGGAAACAUUGAGAUCAAUAGCUGAAAUUUUAAUCUGGGGGGAUCAAAAUGACAGCAGCGUUUUCGAUUUUUUUCUAGAAAAAAACAUGCUGUCAUUCUUUCUUCGGAUAAUGAAACAAAAAUGUGGAAGCUAUGUAUGUGUACAAUUGCUCCAGACGCUUAAUAUAUUGUUCGAGAACAUACGUAACGAAACCUCCUUAUAUUACUUAUUAAGUAACAAUCACGUGAACAGUAUCAUAGUUCACAAAUUUGACUUCAGCGAUGAAGAGGUGAUGGCGUACUACAUAAGUUUCUUGAAGACUUUGAGUUUGAAGUUAAAUGCUCACACCAUUCAUUUCUUUUAUAACGAGCAUACUAAUGAUUUUCCUCUUUAUACUGAGGCAAUAAAAUUCUUUAAUCAUUCCGAAGGAAUGGUUCGAAUUGCAGUACGCACUUUGACAUUAAAUGUUUAUCGAGUAGAAGAUACAUCUAUGUUGGCAUUUAUACGAGAUAAAACUGCAGCUCCGUACUUCAGCAAUCUUGUUUGGUUUAUCGGAAACCAUAUUAUUGAAUUAGAUACCUGUGUGAGGAAUGAUGCUGAUCAUCAAAGUCAGAAUAGGUUAUCUGAUUUAGUAGCGGAACAUCUGGAUCAUUUACAUUAUUUGAACGACAUUCUUUGUUUAAAUAUACAAGAUUUGAAUAAAGUCUUGUCGGAGCACUUACUGCACAAGUUACUCGUUCCUUUAUAUGUAUACUCGCUGAUGAAACAUAAUAACUCCUGUAAGAAUCAAGAUGAAAAAAAGCACGUCAGCAUAGUGGUAUCACUUUUCCUUCUUUCCCAAGUAUUCUUAAUUGUGUCGUAUGGACCAUUAGUCAAGACAUUAGCUGCGGUCAUUCUAAAAUCUAAUUUAGACGUUGUCCAAAAUGGGUCCAGUAAAAUACUGGAAGAGUAUAUUGACGUAGCAUUGAGUAAAACUGUUGCUUUUACACCUCCUAAAGAAAGUCUAGAGAAAUCAUUGGAAAAUUUCAGUGAAUGCUUACAUGAUUCUUUUAAAAAGUUUGAAUGCAAUAGCGAAAAACAUGAUAAAAAAGACUGUGAUCCGCGUGAAAAUGUACACUUAGGCAAGGCAAGCACCUCGUAUGACUCAAUCGUUAAAGAAGAUACUUUUAGUUCAUUGAACGAGUUGGAAGCAAUAAUUACACAGGAAACAAUCGAAGAAAUAAAGCAUUUAAAUGUAACUGACGAAGAAAAGGAACAGAGACUGGCACUGGAAAGUCCGUUGAUUCCGCAGCAAAUCUCAAAUAAUAUUCAAGAAUGUGUAACUAGUAAACCGUUUUUGGAAACUAUUUUGAAUUCUUUAUGUUGCAUGGAAAAUGAUUAUGCUGCUCUAUUUGCCCUGUGUCUAUUAUAUGCAUUAGCAACCAAUCAAGGUGUCCAUUCAGAGGUUUCAAGUUUAGUACUUUCACCUGUGCAAGAAACGACGAAGAAUUGGUAUAACGAGAUACUAAUCGACAAACUUGUACAGAUUAUAACGUUAAGUUGCCAAACAAAUGCCAGGGUGCGAUUAGUCACUUUGGAUUUAACUACUAAAUUAUUGACUCAGUUAGUAAUCUCGGAAGGUGUAAGUUUUUUAAAUGACUCCCAUCUAGCUGCAAUUGAAACUGCAAAGGAACAAAGUGCAUCUCAACUCAGGAAUUUUUAUAAGAGCGAAGAUGUAUUCCUGGAUAUGUUUGAAGACGAGUAUAGUGAAAUUCAGAAACGUCCUUUAAAAGUGGAAUGGUUAAUGAUGGAUAGUAACAUAUUACUACGACCAACUGGUACGCCAAUGACUGGUAUUCAAUUUAGUAAAAGAUUACCCUGUGGAGAGGUAGAAAGAGCGCGACGUUCUAUAAGAGUAUUCUUCUUAAUAAGAGAACUUUCGUUAACUCUAAAUAUGGAGAUUGAGACACAGUUACCAUUGACAAAUCCAAUAUCCUGCGUCCAGGUCAACAACGUGCUUGAUCUAAAUAAUAGUGAUCUUAUCGCAUGUACGAUAGUAUGGAAAGAUGGUCAGAAAGUUCGAAGAUUUCUGGUUAUUGAUAUCAUUCAGUUAAUCCUAGUUGAACCUGAUACAAAAAAGUUAGGAUGGGGCGUAGCAAAGUUUGUUGGUUUUUUACAAGAUAUCGAAGUGGCAGGUGACAAGGAUGAUUCUAGAUGUCUCCAUUUAACAAUUCACAAGCCACUGAGCAGCAGCACUACUAAUAGAAUACCGCUUUUAUCUGCUCAGUUCAUAUUUGAUGAUCACAUACGAUGUAUGGCUGCAAAACAGAGGUUAACAAAAGGAAGAAUAAAAGCAAGACAAAAGAAAAUGGGACAAAUAGCAAGACUUUUAGACAUUCCUACCAAUACACCACAUUGCAUGACUCCUCCAAAUUAUGCUUCAAUUGGCUUGAGAUCAGAACGUGUGACAGGGCGAGGACAUAGGCAAAAGGAACAAUCGCGGCCAAUGUUUACAGUAAACAAAGUCCCUGGAUUUGCUGCUCAAAUGCAUCGAGAUACUAUCGGAAAAGGUAUAGGCUACCCACCGCUAAAUACGAAAAGAUCUGACGGAAGCUUCAAUGGAAAUUCAGUUGAAAAUGGCCUAAGAUCUAGAGACAGUUCGCCGAAAAUUCAAAGGCCUCGAAGCGAAGAGAUUCCUCUAGAGGAUAUGUGUAUUAGAAAGACGUCUUUAGCUUCCAAUGGUUCCUCUAUUAAUUCUGAAGUUGCUUCAAUAUCACGAAAAAAUUCUGAAGAAACAUCAUUUAGUUCUAAACAAAGUCAUGAAUAUAAACCUCGGAAAAGAGGACAAGUCGAAACAGUGUAA